AUGACUAUUUUGCCUCUGGGGGCUUAUUGUCAUAUUUUCAAUCUUUUGCUUCCGCAUCAGUUGUUAUUGAGUUCUACGACAUCAUGGAAGCUGCUGGAAUAUGCGUCGUCUAAUCAUUACCAUGUUCCUGAAAAUGAGGAUUUUGUUUUGCAAUAUUUUGACGUGCAAAUAUUGCCGCCGCCCCUACAUUGCCAUGUUCCUGAGGAUGAGGAAUUUGAUUUGCAAUAUUUUGACGUGCAACUAUUGCUGCCGCCCCCACAAUGCCAUGUCCCUGAGGUUGAGGAUUUACCCCACACGCACACGCACAAGCGGACAGACCACUCACAUGGGCAAAUCAUUUCAACCUCCCAAAUCACCUCCAUCUCUGUUCUCGUUCUCAACUCUGAACUUGCCCUCUCUCUGUCUCUGCGACUGCAAAUUACAAAAUCAACAAGAAUCAGAUCAGCCUCCCAAAUCGCCUCCAUCUCUAUUCUCGUUCUCAACUCUGAACUUGCCCUCUCUCUGUCUCUGCAACUGCAAACUACAAAAUCUACAAGAAUCAGAUCAGCCUCCCAAAUCGCCUCCAUCUCUAUUCUCGUUCUCAACUCUGAACUUGCCCUCUCUCUGUCUCUGCAACUGCAAACUACAAAAUCUACAAGAAUCAGAACCCAUAUCGGCAUAUCAUUUCAGAUUGUUCAAAAAAUCAAAACCCAUAUCCUUCAGUUUCCAUCGCCCGCUGUUCCAGUUCUGGUUCGCCGUUCGCAAGAUUCAACCUCUGGCCCGCUGUCUCUCAACUCUCAAGCCCUCUCUCUGCAACUGGUAACUUGCAUGACUUCCAAUUUUUUUCAUACAAAGGCUAAGCGACCUGUACGAAAAAUAAUUAUGUUUUGACUGCUUGGAGUCUUGCCUUGAAUGCUUUGGAGGGAAAUGUAGUCUUCCAAAGGGGCUGGGAAAAGACGACAAUGGGAGCGUCGAUUGCAUGGCCUAUCAAGUACAUCACAAUUUGUCAAAGCCAAGAUUGCGGUUGCCGUUACUUUUUUUGUUGCGGUUAUAUUUUUUAUAUGGCUCAUGAAGAAGUUGCAUAUAUGUAAUGUAAGAGAAAGACUGAAACAGAGCAAGAAGAUAUAAGAAUUUUUGUUUUAUUUUGGUAUAUGGUAUAAGAAGCAAGAAAUUUGUAUAUGGUUAAUUUUUGUAUAAAACAAUAAUUUGGAAUUUGUUAUAUACAUAUAUGAUGUUGUUGGUUAAUUGUAA